AUGGCAACGGCGCAUGACGAGGGGGCUCGGUACACCUUCGAGUCAAUUCCUGUCAAGACAUCGCCGUGGGAAACCGGCGAAAUGAAGUUGAAGCUCAUGCAAUGGAACUUGGACCAGCACGGUGGCGUCAAGCGAUUCCGCAUGCGCGGGAAAUUUGACCCUGCCAACGCCACUGCAUUCCUUCGCGCGUUUUUUGAAAGCAAGUCCGUGCGGGCAAGUGUCCCGUUUCCCUCAACGGUGCCGUCGACUUUGGACGACUUGUCAUUCCGAAAGCUCAAGACGAAUGUCCUAAGCAUGGAAUUCUUCAACAAACUCGAAGCGAGUCCCGCGAUUGUGUCGUCAGGGGGAGUGCUUCGACGCUGCAUGGACGAAGUGUACGACGAUUGCACUGUCAACGACAGCCUCCGAGACAUGGUCGUGAAUCCACUUUCGGACCAUGCAGGCUUUUUCUCCGCGUCGGAGCAAGAUGAAGCCAUCUUUCAAGUUUUUAAGCGACUGGUCAUUGGGGGGGCCAUGGCUCAGCAUGACGAAACGCUCCAGCCGUACUUGAACAUGACGAAACUCGUGUACAAGGCGCUCGUGUCGGUGCAAAAGAAGUCGACGACGGACGACGCAAAAGCACCAACACCCCUUGCAGUGAUGUCGCACGUCUACCUCUUGCACACUCCAGGCAGCAACGACGGCCACAACAACCAGGACGUGUCCAAGUCGACUCGGCAGCUCUUUCCCAAGCCGGACUCUCCCUACAAUGCAUGCUUCGUCUCGAUUGAUCCGCACAACUUUACCGUGUUGUGCUGGUAUGCGCCGUUCGUCCCAUUCUGGUAG